CUAGGGUAUUUAAUUAUAUCACUCAAAAGUUCAUAAAGGUCGUACGAUUAUAGGCAGACGACGAAUAAAAGAAAGGUCAUAGAUCCUCUGCUAGUCAGGGUCUCUAGAAUCCUAAACAGGAAUCUAUUCCUUUUUUCAUGCACAUCCAAUGAUGCACUCACGUAUCCGCCCAAUUCUAUCGUCUAUACGGCGAAGUCCAUUAAGGUCUAUGUCUUCUUACGCUCCUGGAUACGUUCUCACUGGCUCCCAAUGGAACUACCGCAUUGUAGACAAGGUCUCGGGAGAUAACACGCACAAGUCUCUUACAUUCAAAGCCGAAGUCAUUCCCCGCGAUGACGCUCCCAGUCCUCCACAAUGGGCUCUUAUCAAAGGAGCAGCCGUUAGCGAUGCAAUUGCCAGGGAAAACUUGGACCGAGAAUGUGGAAACUACAGACUUCCUGGUGUCGCUGAGGCGGCGUGCUUCCGGAAGCUUUACGAUGUGAUCGAUACUGCUGACAGCGAGAAGUAUAUCGCGUUGGAAUGGCUGGAUACUACGCUCGCACAGCUGACAUACCGUCCUGAUAUGCGCACCUAUACCAUUAUCAAGACAUUCUUAGAGGCGGCGCUGAACAGCUGCGUCGUUCUAGAAGCCCAAAAUCAUGUCAACACAGACAUCAAACCGGCCAACAUCCUACUCUCCAGCACCGAGACUGACACGAUCACCGCCAAGAUUGGAGAUUUGGGUCUCGUCUUCCCCGCAGGCCGCCGUUUCGAAGCCCAACCCUUCGCCAUGCGCGCCCCCGAAGUCCUCCUCUGCGAACCCUGCACCGCCCCCUCGCAAGUCUGGGCCACCGCCGCCACGCUCCUCUCCUGGAUCAAGCCCGGCAUCCUAGGCGCCUUCGACAGCCCGCAUUUCCUGCUUCACAAGGCGUGGUCCAUGGCCAAGAUCAAGCGGCUCUUUCCCGAGUGGUAUAUCCCGACGCCCGACGAGGUCGAGGGCCAUUCGUUCAAGGCGACGGUCAAGUCUGCGGCGCGGAUCAGUCGGGAGGAGCCUGAGAUGCGGGCGAUAGCGCCGUUGGAGGAGGAGUUGCGCGGGGUGGAGAUGCUACCGCGGGAGAUUGGGGAGGUUUUGCGGCUUGUGCUUGUGGUUGAUCCGAGAAGGAGGCCUUCUGCCUCUGAGGUGCUGGCGUCGAAGGAGUUUCGAGCGCUGGAGACGUUUGUUGGCGUGUAGUUUGGUUGGGCGUCGAGAUUCUAUAUCUGGUUCAUUUGUUUCUGUAUUAUUAGUAGUUCUGAGAUUGUAGAGUACUCACUCUCUUGUAUACUAGC